AUGGCGGCGGGGGACCCGGAGCGGGCGCGGUACUGCGGGCGGCUCUCCUACCUGUGCCUGAAGCUCACCCUCAUCACCUACUCCACCACGUUCUGGCUGAUUGGAGCCCUGGUCCUCGGCGUUGGGAUUUAUGCAGAAAUUGAAAGACAGAAGUACAAAACUCUAGAAAGUGCCUUUCUAGCCCCAGCAAUUAUUUUAAUACUUUUGGGCAUUGUAAUGUUCCUGGUCUCCUUUGUGGGUGUGCUGGCUUCUCUGAGAGACAAUUUAUGCCUUCUGCAAGCAUUCAUGUACAUCCUUGGGCUCUGCUUGCUGAUUGAGCUGACAGGUGGAGUGGUGGCCCUGAUUUUCAGGAACCAGACAAUCAAAUUUUUGAAUGAUAACAUUAGAAGAGGGAUUGAGAAUUACUACGAUGAUUUAGACUUCAAGAACAUCAUGGAUUCUGUUCAAAAGCAGUUUAAGUGCUGUGGUGGGGAGGAUUAUAGAGAUUGGUCCCAAAAUGUGUACCACAACUGUGCAGCUCCAGGACCACUGGCUUGUGGGGUGCCCUACACUUGCUGCAUCAGAAAUAAGACAGACAUUAUCAACACCAUGUGUGGAUACAAAACCAUUGACCAAGAGCGCCUGAGCGUUCAGGACGUGAUCUAUGUCCGAGGGUGCACGAACGCCGUGCUCAUCUGGUUUUUGGACAACUACACCAUCAUGGCAGGAGUGCUGCUCGGCAUACUGCUGCCCCAGUUCGUGGGAGUGCUGCUGUCCUUGCUGUACAUCACCAGGGUGGAGGACAUCAUCACGGAGCACAAACUGAGCGAGAGCCUCUUCGGAGACCCGCGCCCCAGAGCCGCCCCCGAGCUGGCCGGGGCUGGCUGCUGCAUGUGCUACCCGGGGUGAUGGGGAGCCCAAAGCGCAGCUGGAACCAGGCAAACCCAGCAGCUUUUGGUGCCUGCUGGCUGCUCCAGACCGUGGGGUGGUGAAGCAGCCAGCAGUGGGUGACACCCAGGGCACAGCAGAGGGGGCCCCGUGUGGUGCUGCUGGAGGGGGGGGGUCUGUGGAUCAUUGCAUCUCCUUCAGAGUGAUUGCUGAGUGAUGGAACAGCCAGGAAAAAAAAAAAAUGGAGAAGAUUUCGACGUCGAUUUCUAGGAUUUCUUUGCAUCUAGCGGGGGGGUCUCUGUGUCUAUGCUCGUCCCUUUCCAGCUUUAUUUUCUUACUCCUUCCGGAGGGAUUUCUUACUGAUCGACGUGGUGGAUAUUAAACAUGUGUUUGAUAAAGGGGUUUUGUGCUAAUCAUGAUGAAUUUACUGACAAUAAUGGAUGUGAUGCCGAUCGCUUUCAUUGCUCAGUCUUCUGUGCCUUUUAAUAUUGGGGCAAAUGCCAAUGUCAAAUCAGUCAGGUACUGCUUGAUCGAUUUUUUUAAUGCAGUUUAUUACUGUCUGGUUUUUUGUACAGGCUGUUUGAGUCUUGGAUGUACUGUAUUUUUCCCCUUUAGUAAAUGAACUAAGUGAUUGAUGACUUUAUAUUUUUUUGGAGUUC